UAAGCACAGAUUGUCGGAUUGGCAGCAGAGGGAUCUUUCUUACUGAACAUCUACAUCUUGAUAUUGCUCUGUUCUAUUGCUUCUGCAUUCUGAAUUCUGCUUUUUAAAUCCAUUUGUUGGAAUAGUUCUUAUCCCAGUAGACUGCAUGUCUGUCAGGAUUCAGGAGGUGGUGGUGAUCGUUUGGCAGAAAACAAGAGCAGCUUUGCCUCUAACGAUGACCUGCCUAAUCAACUUUCUGCGAUCUCCUCUCCCAACCACCAUCACGUUCUUCUUGCUGCUGUUAGGAGCUGUGAAGCUGAUGGGGAUGGUGCUGUCGUGUCCAUGUAAGCCUGGGGUAAACGAGGCGUUUGUGUUCUUUACGUUUGUGGUGCCGGCUGUGAUGCUCUUCACCCUGAUGCUGGUUCUUAUCCGGCCGUGUCAGCAUCGCUGCAGGAGGUGCUCGUGCGGAAGUCGUUUUACAGAGGCCCUCAUUCCCUGCCUGAUCCCCUCGAUCCUGUGGGUCGUUCUGCUGCUCCUGGACGGUCAGUACGUGGCCUGUGGGUUGACCUACUGGAAAGGAAAUUAUGAACUGGAUGACAAUAAGCCUGAGAUGGUGUGGUGUGUUCCGUCGAGUUCGGGGCAGUUGCCAGAAAAGGCCUUGUAUCAACGCUUCAUUGGAUGGUCCCAGGUUUCAGGACUUAUUCUGCUGUUAGUCAUCUGCACUGUGACCAUGUUCGUCGUGGGUUGCCGGGACUGCCGUCAAGCUUCAGAGGGGAAUGAGGAGGAGGCACCGCUGCUUCAUUCCUGAAGACUGAAAGAAGAGAAAUUAUGCUUUUAUUUUGUUACAGAUCAGUUAUAAUCUCAGGUAUUGCAUUAAAAAUGAACUUUAGUGAAUAUUUCCACACAGUACAAUCUAUACAAACUGCUCUACUGUACUACAGAAAUCUUGGAUCACGUAAAAAAAAUGGAUAAAUCAUACUACUGGUUAAGAUGAAUUGAUUCAAUUGAUCUACACUGAUUGAUCUUUGUGUUGUGUGCCUUAUAUUUAUAUAUAUA